AAUGAACCUACAAUUAUUAAAUCUUCAGCGUCUUCAAUAUUGGUUAUUCAACUAGAACCCCUGUACUAUCUUGCUUGCUCGGUUACACUUGUUGAGAAAAAGUCCAAUUUCAUUAAUAAACAAUUAGUUGAACUAAUAACUCAGGCGCAUUCAAAAUUUACUUUGUUUAACAAGUCGUUGCGUCACUAUGAAGAUAUUGGAACUUUGAAGGAAUCACUUGGUGAAUUUUGGAAUGGAUUUGUCCUGAAUUAUAAUGAACAAAUGUAUAAGGUUCCUAAGGGAUUAGAAUGGUUUAAUAGUUUGAAUUAUCGUGGUUUUUUGGGGUUACUUCCUUCGGCAACGUUCAAGAAAUCGUCAAUCACAUUAAAUCCUGCACUUGAAUUUGAAAUAGAUAGAUUGUCGAAUAAGGCAUCUGGUUUGAUUGUAUGCAAUUUCGAUAGAAUAAAUACAAAGAGAUACGGAGUGAUAUAUUCCAAGACUAACAAAAAUGUCUCGAAAGACUCGUUAGUUGAUAUUUAUAACUGGCUAGAGUUCAACCAAUAUCAUGAUAAAUUAGGCAAAAGUGACGAGGUUAGCAAUACAAAUAUAUUCAUGUCGAACUUAAAUUUUGAAUGCGAUAAUGCCAGUCAUAAUAGCGAUUAUUCUCUGGGAUUAUUACAAGUUUUGAAUCCGGUAAAUAUUACAAAUAGUUUAGUGGUACUGCCCUUAAAUUAUACCAUGAAUGGGAUGAGAUCUAUUAUUGGAAAUGAAGCACCAUUAUCAAACAAUGACCAAGUACAACAAGGGCAACAUACCGAGGAAGUAUCUUGGCUAUCCUUACCUCAAUUUAUGAGAAAUUUUUCAAUGAGAGAUGCUGGCCCUGCUAACAACAUUAUCCAAGAAGAAGAACAACAACAAGAUCCGAUAGAACCGGCAGGUCAUUAUAUCAUAGGAUUAACAGAAAAUGGAACCAUCAUUAAAAAACUGGUAUACCUACAAGGACGAGAAUUUCAACUAAUAAUAUAUGGCAAAGGUGAUAUUUAUAUUAUGCUUGUCUAUGAACCAAGUACCGAUAUUGGAACCACUGAAUUUUAUGAUGGUUUGAAACUUGACUUGAAUCCUAUAAUUGAAGAUAUUAAUACUGAAGGUGGAAGCAUAAUUCAAACUAGUUUAUCUUCUUUACGUGGAUUAUUAUCCAACAAGGUUGCUCCUGAAGUCGAUCAAGAUUUCUUUUAUGUUAUUUUAGAUCCUCAAGAAGGCUCCUUUCAAACUUCUUUGCCAUACUUGCCAACUAUAACUAGUGAUACGCCGCGAUACCAAAUUGCCAUGUGCUAUUUACAUGACCAAUUGACUAAUUUAUUCUUGAUUCAGCAACUGGAAUUCUUCAUGCAAGCAAACAAACUAAAUGAAUAUUUCCACAAGUUUACAGGCAACAAGUUAAAUGAUUGGAUGUUUUAUUAUAUUCACAAGAAUAACAAGUUUAUCAUAAUAAUUAAAAACAAGAACAAAACUAGCCAUAGUGAAUCCAAGGUGGAACAGUCAUUAUUAGGCAAACUUAAUGGAGUAUUGGAUUUAGGAUUCUUGGAUAGUUUGGGUGAUGAUGUCAAGUAUUGGUUAGGAAAAGAAGUUGCUGAAAGCUAAUUCUUACCACCAAUCCAAUUCAAGACGCUUGGAACAUCCUUUGAAAUUGCACCUGGCAUGGAUAAGUUUGUUAACCAACCAGGUAUUAGUCCACCUGGAUUAGAUGUUGUUGCCAUAGUCCACAUUAAAUUGUCACCUUCCCAUGAUACCUUUUCUAUCGAGUCGUACGUUCCAACAACCAGACUUGUCUCAUCACUACCAGGUUUGGCUGCCAGUGAUAUUACAUAAAUGAACCCGUCGCCUUUAUAGAUAUCUACUAAUUCAUAAAAUACUCUUUUCUUAAUAAAGGCUCCAAAAUCAUACUCUGCUUUAACUUGAUAAUUCCAGCCGUCGGAAUAUUGCUUCAAGGAAGUACAUUGAACCGAGGUAAUUUCAUGAAUGUAUUCUUUUUCGUAAUCAGAAUGUGUUUUACCGUAUUCAGAAUCUCCCGCAAUGUACUUGGCAAGUGAAUCAUGAUAAGCUUUUGGUACCGUGGAAGUUCUAGCAAACCAUGUUUGAUUAUUCAUGGUGGUUUUAAAAGUUUUCACUUGGACAGUCCCCCCAGAUUCAAGUGAAUAAUUGAAGGUUUUACUUGGAUGCCACUUAUUAAUUGAAUCUAUUUUAGCAAUUGAUUCUUUCACCAAUGUAUCUCGCUGUUCACUCAUGUUGUGUUUAUGUUUUGGUUAU